UAGCUACCUAAAUGUGUCAUGUUUUCUAUAUAAGUAAUGCAUUUUUGGUUUAUCCAUUUAAUAGUUGCCCGAAGUUGCACAUUUAUUCAUAUUAUUUGUUACAUUUUCAUGUUAAAAAAUGUCUUCAAAAACGGUAUCUAAAGAAUUAGAAAAGCGUGUUCUUGAGUUUUUGUGUAACCAGACUCAAAAAUUCUUGUUUAUCGACUGUUCAAAUUCCGGGUUAAACGGAAACGAAAUAUUUGGUGUUAUUCAAGGGCUUAAACUUCUUAAAGUAGAAAACAGUGCAAAAAACUCAGCCAAGAGACGAAAGAUAGAGCUACCACAGGGAAACUACUUGGGAAGAGAAAAUCAAGCAUAUUAUAAAUGGAAUCAUGAAAAUUUAGAAGAAAUAAUGUCAAAAUCUCCUAAUUUGUUGUUGUUGGAGUUACCAGAGGAGGAAGAUAUUGAUAGAGAUCGAGUAAAGAACAUUUUAGAUCUUGUAGAUAGAUAUUUGUUAAAAAAAAUGAUACUGGUUUCGAAGAAGAAAGAUUUUUUUGAAGAUUUAUUUUAUUGGUACCAUAAAGCAGGUAUGCUGAAACUUAAAAAACCUCAGCCAGCUUUUUUUCCCAUUCACAAUAUUGUUGUUGGUUCCUUAACAGAUAUUAUCACAGAUUUGGUUCGUAAAGGUGCAGAUAUUAAUCAACAAAAUGGAAAUAAAGAUACACCUUUACAUCUGGCAGUUGAAAAUGGUCGUAUUGACUUAGUGCGUCAUUUGUUAAGUCUUGGUGCAGAUGUAAAUCUAAGAAACAAAGAAAAUAAAACUGUUUUGCAUGUUGCUUUGAAGAAAAACUUUCUUGACAUAGCUCAUAUUAUUUUAAAAAAAAACGUAGACGUAAAUUUAAAAGAUAAUGAAGGAUAUGCUGCUCUACAUUUGGCAGCAGGGCUUGGAAAUAUUGACAUUAUGAUACAGCUGUACCACAUUCCAAACAUAGUUAGAUGUUUGAUAUCCCAUAAG